ACGCUAAUUUAAGUACAAGCUUCAUCAUUACAUCAUUAUCAGACAUUAACACAGAUUUUUAUCAUCACCAAAACUGUCUUAAACAGACCAACAGAGACCCCAUCUCUUUAGUUUCUCUUGGAUCAUUAUAAUCAUUUUAAUUUAAUUUUGGAAGAUGAUUAGGGAAGCAGCAUUUUCUUGAUUUGGAUCUCCAUCUAUAAAUUUGCGAAUUAUGGGGAAUAAAGGCGGAGAUCGUAGAGCAAAGGGCCAAUUGUCUUCUAUUUUGAUUGUAGCUGGAUUGUGUCUUUGUUUUUAUGUUCUUGGUAUAUGGCAAAGAAGUGGUUUCGGUAAGGGGGAUAGCAUAGCUCAAGAAAUAAUGCGAAAGGCGGAUUGCACAUCUGUUCCUCAUUUGAAUGUGGAGACUCAUCAUGGCCGUGAAACUCAGCCACUUGAUGACUUUAAAGCCAAGGAAAUCCCCCCUUGUGAUGAUCGGUUUAUUGACUACACACCUUGUCAAGAUCAAGGGCGUGCUAUGACCUUCCCUCGAGAGAAUAUGAAUUAUAGGGAGAGACAUUGCCCUCCAGAUAAUGAGAAGCUGCAUUGCCUUAUUCCAGCGCCAAAUGGAUAUGUAACUCCCUUUCUGUGGCCCAAAAGCCGUGAUUAUGUACCUUAUGCAAAUGCACCGUACAAAAGCUUGACUGUUGAAAAGGCGAUUCAGAACUGGAUUCAGUAUGAAGGCAAUGUGUUUAGGUUCCCUGGUGGCGGUACACAGUUUCCUCAGGGGGCAGAUACAUAUAUUGAUCAACUUGCUAACGUGAUCCCGAUAGACAAUGGAACUGUUAGAACUGCACUAGAUACUGGCUGUGGGGUUGCAAGUUGGGGUGCAUAUCUGUUCAAGAAAAAUGUCAUCGCCAUGUCAUUUGCACCACGAGACUCACAUGAAGCACAAGUUCAAUUUGCUUUGGAAAGAGGUGUGCCUGCAGUUAUUGGUGUUCUUGGAACCAUAAAGAUGCCUUAUCCAGCCAUGGCUUUUGACAUGGCCCAUUGUUCUCGCUGCUUAAUUCCAUGGGGAGGAAAUGGGGGGAUGUACAUGAUGGAAGUUGACAGAGUUCUUAGGCCUGGUGGCUAUUGGAUUCUUUCAGGCCCUCCCAUCAAUUGGAGGACCCACUUUACUGCAUGGUUGCGUCCCAAGGAUCAACUCGAAGAGGAACAGAGGAAGAUUGAAGAUGUUGCCAAACUUCUUUGCUGGGAAAAGAUAUCUGAGAAAGACGAUAUAGCCAUCUGGAGGAAACCAGUAAAUAGGCAAAACUGUCUUGGAAAAAAUUCUGGUGCUCCCAUGUGUAAAGACAAAAAUCCGAAUGAUGUCUGGUACAAAAAGAUGGAGGCCUGUAUAACUCCUAUUCCAGAUUCUACAGAUUCAAAUGAAGUAAAGCCAUUCCCAGAAAGACUGAAUGCAAUUCCUCCGACUAUAGCUAGAGGAGCCAUUCAAGGAGUUUCCGUGGAGUCAUUCCAGGAGGACAACAAAGAGUGGCAGAAUCAUGUGAAAGCUUAUAAAAGGUUCAAUAAGCUCAUUGACUCUGGAAGGUAUCGUAAUAUCUUGGAUAUGAAUGCUGGACUAGGAAGUUUUGCCGCUGCAAUUCAUUCUCAUAAAUUGUGGGUUAUGAAUGUGAUGCCAACAAUAGCCGAGAAAGACACUCUAGUUGCAGUAUUUGAGCGAGGCCUCAUUGGUAUAUAUCAUGACUGGUGUGAAGCCUUCUCUACAUACCCCAGAACAUACGACCUUAUUCAUGCCAACGGUCUUUUCAGCUUAUACAAAGACAAGUGUAGUACAGAAGACAUUCUCAUAGAGAUGGAUAGGAUUCUACGACCUGAAGGAGCGGUUAUAAUUCGUGACGACGUGAACGUUCUAAACAAUGUGAAAAGAAUUGCAGAUGGCAUGAGGUGGAACACGAAAAUGGCUGAUAACGAGGGAGGUCCUCUUCUCUCUGAGAAAAUAAUAUUGGCAGUUAAACGUUACUGGGUUGCUGGUGAAAACAAUACUACCACCCCAACAAAGUAAGUAAUAAAUCGGAAAUUAUUUUGCCGAUUGUUAUCAGCAGCGGGCAACACUGCUCUGUGAGAUCCACAAGAGGACUGGCUAAACAUUAACACUGAAAAGAACAUAGAUGUAGCAACUAGAGUGAAGCUAGUGCCCUUGUCUUUUCGGGCCCUUGUUCAUUGUAUAAGUUUUACUUUAAGCUAAAGGUCAUUUAUAUUUUGCUAUUUCCUUAGUUUCUGUAAUUUCUCUUCAUUUCCCUCUUCUGUAGCUCUUCAAUGAGACGCCAAGUUGUGUAAUGUAAACUUUUCUGAUGUUAACAAGAUCAAUGGACAAUGGUGCAUUCGAAU